GGGUCUGCGCUUGGCCCCGAGGGCUCCCGGACCCCGGCCGGUCGCACAGCAGCGGCCCCGGAGCGAGCGCGUGCGGAAGGCAGGGCAGGAAGUCGGGUCCUGCGGCGAGGGCGGCGCGGCCGCGCGGGGACCGAGCCUUCCUUAUUUAUGUGCCCGCCGGCGCUGGCCUCCUUCCUCCGGAGACUUCAGCGACAGUCUCUGAGCCGCCGUCCCCGCGCGUGAGGCACGGAAGGGCUGGAUGUCAGAACAACGUGGUUAUGCCUUGAACGCCAAAGUUUUCUGUGUUUAACCCAAAGAAUAUCGGUGAUUUUUGUCCACUGCCGGGAGAAGGGAGAGCCCAGGGCUCUCGCCAUGCAGCAGAGCCCUCGUCUAUAAGCAGGCCCGGCCGGUGAUAUGCCGACCCCCUCCGCUCGGUGAACGUUCUAUCCCAUGGAUAUCGGCCUUGAGAUCUGAGACUGCAGAGCAGCGCCGUCCGCACCGGCCCGGCAGCCGCGGCCUCUCAAUGCCCGGAUUCUUCUGGGACUGCUGUCCUUCCCUGGAGAUCAGAGCGGUCCUGUGUGCCAUGGGCUGUAUUCAGAGCAUCGGAGGCAAAGCCAGAGUCUUCCGGGAAGGGAUCACGGUGAUUGACGUGAAAGCCUCCAUCGACCCCAUCCCCACCAGCAUCGACGAGUCCUCCAGCGUGGUGCUCCGCUACCGGACGCCCCACUUCCGGGCCUCGGCCCAGGUGGUCAUGCCGCCCAUCCCCAAGAAGGAGACCUGGAUAGUCGGCUGGAUCCAGGCGUGCAGCCACAUGGAGUUCUAUAACCAGUACGGGGAGCAAGGCAUGUCCAGCUGGGAGCUCCCUGACCUCCAGGAGGGCAAGAUCGAGGCCAUCAGCGACUCCGAUGGGGUGAACUACCCCUGGUAUGGCAACACCACAGAGACGUGCACCAUUGUGGGCCCCACCAAGAGAGACUCCAAGUUCAUCAUCAGCAUGAACGACAACUUCUACCCCAGUGUCACGUGGGCUGUGCCGGUCAGCGAGAGCAACGUGGCCAAACUAACCAACAUCUACCGGGACCAGAGCUUCACCACAUGGUUGGUGGCCACCAACACCUCGACCAACGACAUGAUCAUCCUGCAGACCCUGCACUGGCGCAUGCAGCUGAGCAUCGAGGUGAACCCCAACCGGCCCCUGGGCCAGCGCGCCCGGCUGCGGGAGCCCAUUGCCCAGGACCAGCCCAAGAUCCUGAGCAAGAACGAGCCCAUCCCGCCCAGUGCCCUGGUCAAGCCCAACGCCAACGAUGCUCAGGUCCUCAUGUGGCGGCCCAAGUACGGGCAGCCGCUGGUGGUGAUCCCACCCAAGCACCGGUAACAGCCAGGGCCACCCACUAGAUUAGACUCAGAAAUAAUAUACUGCUCAAAACCAAACCCACACGUCCUCUUCAGUCAUUCAGCAAAAUGCAACCAUUCUACCUGCUCCAGCAGGCAGGUCUCACUGUGCUCAGGCCCUCGGCACCUGCUUCCUGGCGGGGAUCGGGGAGACCCACGUGGGUCAUACAGACCCACGUGCGCCCUGCAGGGUCACCUCUGGUCUCCUCUCCUCUCCUUUUUCUCACAGUUUUGGCCGUUCACUUGCAACAGAUUCCAUGAAACACUGCUUUUUCAGUUCUUUUUUUAAAGCUCCUCUCGAUGAGGUUCAGGGGCGGGAGGAGGAGGAGCUGAGCACUGCUGGCGUGUGUCACAGUAGCCAGCCCGUCCUCCUGUCAUGCGGCCUUAUGUAGACUGCUUUGCCAAACGUUUGCCUUAAGCUGAAUGUAGAGGAAAAAAAUGCAACCGAGAGAGAAGGCAGGAUCGUUUGUUCCUACUGCAGGAUUGUUCCUACUGCAGGAUCGUUCCUACUGCAGGAUCGUUCCUACUGGACGCUGCAACUGUGGAGGGAGGGGUGGGUCAGGACGGAGACUCAUCUGAGCCCCCUUCCUGGUUGUCUGGGGAGAAGGUAGACAUGGAGACCUAAAGCCAGCUGCUCACUCUUUCCUUCCAGCAGACACAGAGCCACAGACAGACUCUGCCUGAAGAGCCCCUUCUGUCUGCCACCAGGUAGAGCCCUCCCCGGCGGGGGCUAGACCUGCCAGCCGCCUCUCCUGUCCUCUCCUCUCCUCUGCAGCCUUAACUUGCCUCGGGUGGCUCGGAGAGGACCCAGGGAGGGUGCUGUGGGCUACGGCUUGGGCCCAGGGAAUUUUUACCCUCUCAGUCCUUAGGACUCAAGCUCGGAUGGCUCUGCUUUUCCUUUUCCAUCCCCAGUGGUCCCAGAUGCCUGGGAGCCAGCCACCUGGACCGCCAACACACAGUCCCAUUUUGAGUCUCAAAGGCAAGACAAGCGCCCCCUUCCCUUCCCGCUGUGCCUCUCAGUAGAGGCUUGAGGCUGGCGGGCACCAGCGCCCUUGGCCAGCGGUCUCCCCUGCACUGCACAGGAGCUGAGGCAGGGCUGUGGGCUCGUUCUCAGGGACGCCACUCCCAGGAGCUCUGGGGGAGGCUGCAGACAGGCUCCAAGUGCCACAGUGGUGGAGCUGGAGGAGGCUGUGGAGGCACCUGAGGCCUAGGCCAUCCUGGACCUGGGAGGUCUGGGGAGGCAGGUGGCAGACCCCCUGCUUCUUGUCCUCCAAGAAGUAAGCCCAGGCCCAGGGCUGGAGGGUCGAGUCGGCCCACAGCUGAGAGCAUCAGCCUCUGUGGGGGCUGGGCCUGAAGCCAGUCCUUGCGGCCCACCUUCCCUUGGGUCCCAGGCCCUCUGGAGCCCUAGGACUUGGUCCUGAGCAACACCAAGAUUUCUUAACAGUGUCUGCUGUGAGGCUGCUCCUGGGAACUGUUAGGGGACACCCCACUGAAGCCACGUUCCUUCAAGCUUGCCAAACUCUCAGCUACAUCACUGGGGCCCUGCAUUCAACUAAUGAUUAUCAAGCACAGAAAACCUUCAGAUAAGAAAAUCCUCCAUUUCUGCUGCAGAUGAGCCAUUUGUAGGAGUCUCGGUGACAACGCAGAAGGCCACCUAAGUCCUCUGUAUUAUCCGUGUGAUGCCGUCUUGAUUCAAGGGGUGCUUGACGUCCCGUCCGUUUCUGAGCCGCUCGUGCCGGGAGGCUGCAGCUGUCCUGGGGUGCAGGGCUGGAGCCACCGGCAGGGCUGCGGUGCUUAGGGGCCCUCACCCCAGAAGCUGCAGGUUCCCCUUGGUGUGUAGGGAGACCGUGCCACCCAUAGAGGCUGUAGCCUUGAGUGGGGGCAACGACGGGGUCCCAGCUUCACCUCUAGGGAAGAGCCGGGGAGGGGGCGGCCUGGGACAGGACCUGGCCUCCUGAUGGGGGAGGCCCUUCUCCACACUCAGGUCUUUGUUGCACUAAAGAGGAGACAGGGCCCUAGUGACAGGUCAGGGGUAGUUCUGCUUCUGGGCUGGGUCAUCACUGAGGGGUUCUCACUGGAGUGGGGGCUGGGGAGCAGAACAGUCAGGGGGGUUGUGAGCUGCUCUGGAGCAAAGGGGCCCCCAAACCCGCAUUUCUUGAGUGUGAAGAAACACUCAAGGCAGGGGCCAGCACCCCCCCGAUGCCCAGCCCACCUUGCUGCCUGCUCACCUUCGCCCUGUGCCCCUUUCUCUCCACCCCUCCCGCCUUGCUGAAGAUGGGGCUGGGAAGGCCCCGGAGAGGCUGCAGGUCUGGCCAAGGAUGCUCGGCUUGGCGGGGUCUGUUCCCUCCGCUCCUUCCCCGUGUCCAGCACAGACCCUGGCUUCUUGCCCAGGGCCCCAAUUCCUCUGAUGUCCCCCUGCCCCCCACCCUGGCGUGGACAUUCACUCCUUCCAGCAAUAAGAACCGUCCUCGGUCGUGGAGGCUACUGUGAAAAACGAACCAAUGCACUUACCAGGAGCCGCAAGACUCUAGAAGAAAAUGUAAAAUGAGCCUUUUUUUAAAAAAAACAAACAACU